AUGCUGUUAUUCAAAUCCCUAGAGGUAACAUGUACAGAUGUAAAAACAAUCAAUUUAUGGCAUCUAUCUAUCUAUCUAUCUCUCUUCGUCUUUUCAAUAACUAUCUAUCUAUCUCUCUUCGUCUUUUCAAUAUCUAUCUAUCUAUCUAUGUCUUUUCAAUAUCUAUCUAUCUCUCUUCGUCUUUUCAAUAUCUAUCUAUCUAUCUCUCUUCGUCUUUUCAAUAUCUAUCUAUCUAUCUAUGUCUUUUCAAUACCUAUCUAUCUAUCUAUCUAUCUCUCUUCGUCUUUUCAAUAUCUAUCUAUCUAUCUAUCUAUCUAUCUUCGUCUUUUCAAUAUCUAUCUAUCUAUCUAUCUAUCUAUCUUCGUCUUUUCAAUAUCUAUCUAUCUAUCUAUCUUCGUCUUUUCAAUAUCUAUCUAUCUAUCUAUCUUCGUCUUUUCACUAUCUAUCUAUCUUCGUCUUUUUAAUAUCUAUCUACGACUUUUCAAUACUAUCUUCGUUUUUUCAAUAUCUAUCUAUCUCUAUAUCUAUCUAUCUCCUUCUUUUCAAUAUCUAUCUGAAUCCGUUCCUUUCUAUCAAUCUAUCUCAUUCUGUUCAUAA